GUUACAACACCCCCCCCGUUCUCCCCCACUCUUCCCCCCGACUCCCAUUGAGGCUUCCUCGUCGGCACGCGCAGUGGAAAGCAGGCGGCUGUCUCCCCUGCGUGCCAGAUGGAUCUGCGCUUCGCCGCCGCCUCCAUCGCUACCGCUGCUGAGUCGCCUCUGUCGAGGUGACGAGACUCGCUCUGCGAAACGUCGCCCCCCCAUCCCCGACCCCCCCGCCCCCUCCAGCUGCUUCACAAACUUGGACCGCUGCCUCUCUGUUCUUGGCGACCCAGCGCGCCCAGCAGGCUUUCCUCCAGCUCUCGCAAACCGCUGUGACAAGCUGACUUAACGAUGUGGCGGACGGUGGCCCAGCACUAUUAUUUUGUUAUGAUUUAUUACUAAACAAUCAUUCAGAUCAACUUUUUCCUCAGCUGGUGACUAAGAUUGAUUUUACGCGUGGGGGCGCGCAUGGAAUAACCUUUUUUGGAAUUGAUCUGCGCAUACUGUUAUUUCUCCAGGACCGACCCUCCGCAAGGCAAGACAGCUCCGACUUGGAGGUGAUGUUCUGCUUCUUCUCAACCUGCUUCUGGUUGCAAACUUAGUGGCCGAAAUGGGUUUGUGGUCCAUGUGGACUCGCUCCUGAGGUCGCUGCAGCUCUCCGCGCGGUCGUUCGGAGAAGAGCCGCCCGAGGAUGGCGGGCGCAACCCGGGAGUUACCCGUGAACUCUUCCCCGGCGGUGGCGUCCAACGCGGAGGGCGAAGAGAUCGAGGUUUUGGAAAGCACCGACGUUCUCCCCGUCGCUCCAGAGGACCAAUGGAAGUCUCUGUUUGACAAGUAUGACCCUGAUAGUUCGGGCUUCAUCAGUACGGAGCGGUUCAGGGACCUGCUGGCGACCUACGGCUCCGAGCUCGACCCCCACAAACUAGAAGUCCUGUUGGCCCUCGCCGACGGCAACGCCGACGGGAAGAUCUGCUACCAAGACUUUGUCAACCUGAUGAGCAACAAGCGCUCCAACAGUUUCCGAAGGGCCAUCCUGCAGGGGGGCCGGCAGCUGAAGGGCUGCAGUCUCAGGGACGAGGCGGGUUUGGGGCUGUCCCAACGGCUGAUCCGACACGUCGCCUACGAGACGCUGCCCCGCGAGGUUGACCGCAAGUGGUACUUUGACAGCUACACCUACUGUCCCCCACCCUGGCUCAUCCUGGCUAUUACUAUUGCUGAGGUGGCCGUGUUCAUGUACUACGGCUUCCAGCUGGACCGCUUGGUCCUGCAGGUAUCCAGCCCGUCUUUCCUGAAGAGCCCCUUGCCUUACCACCCACAGCUACGCACACAGGCCUGGAGAUACCUCAGCUACAUAUUCAUGCACACUGGGAUUGAACACCUGAGCCUGAACAUGGCCAUGCAGCUGCUGGUGGGAGUCCCUCUAGAAAUGGUCCACGGAGCCCUGCGGAUCGGACUGGUCUACAUGUGUGGUGUGCUGGCAGGGUCUCUGGCGGUGUCUGUCACCGACAUGACGGCCCCAGUGGUCGGCUCGUCCGGGGGAGUCUAUGCUCUGGUCUCAGCACAUUUGGCCAAUGUGGUCAUGAACUGGUCGGGAAUGAAGUGUCAGUUUAAGUUAUUCCGGAUGGCCAUGGCCCUGGUUUGCAUGAGCGUAGAGUUCGGUCGGGCGGUGUGGCUGCGCUUCUACCCGCCGGCCUUUCCCCCAUGUCCCAAUCCCAGCUUCGUAGCUCACCUGGGAGGGGUGGUGGUCGGCCUGACGCUGGGUGUGGUGGUGCUGCAGAACUACGAGCAGCGGCUCCAGGAGCAGUCGCUGUUUUGGAUCUUCUUCUCGGUCUACGCCUUGUUCGUGCUCUGCGCUGUCUUCUGGAACAUCUUCGCCUACGGCCUGCUCGACGUGCGACUGCCCCCGACGCCUUGACCGGCUCGUCGGAGGCCGCCUACGGACCGCAUUCCCUUUAUUCUUGACCACCGGGCUGGAUGAGGCAGCUCAGCCUCAUGGCGCGGUCGUCGUACAGCCGCCCUCGUCCUACAUCCACCUCUCUGACGCAGGGAGGCACCUGACAAGCAGCAGCCCUUCUCCUCACACCUUUCUCCGCCCAUCCGACCCCUUUUGUGGUUAAGCCGUGCCGUCGUUUCUGCUCACAGUGCAGCCCGACCUUCGCUUGCUCUUUGUCUACUUCUCUGUUGCACAUUUGUCUCCAGCGUAUCAGUCUGUGGGACUUUUCUUGCCAACACAACAACGGAUGAGAAGCCUCAGGUCGAACUCAACAGAAACCGGCUGGAGCAGCGCGGUCAACAUAGUUUAACCUUCUCCGCCUCUCCCUCCCCAAUCCAACGGUGCCUUCUCAUGGAGAUGUCAGGCUGGUAAAAGUAUUUGUGCACAGUUGCCUCUCAUGUGGGGUGACAGCCGUGAAACCCUGCGGUGCAAUUGGUUUUCUGACAGAAGAGUUCCUGAAAAUCCUGUAAUCUGCCUGCAGCCUCUUCACCAAUACAUUAAUGGUAAGGUCAUAUAAGAAUCUAGGCUCAGAUGGUGUUUUGUCAUCAUUACAAACAGCUCAUAAGCAUGAGAGAUUUAGAUUAAGCAGACUGCAGGAUGGCUGAAGGUCUCUGCGUUUGCACAGAGAUCAUGGAGUAUACAGGCUACAGCAACCUCUGAAAAACUAAUUUAUCUUUAAAGGAAGUGUGGGUUGAUUCUCAGUGUUGCCUUCAGCAGUUGGCGCUUCCCCAAAAAGGAUUCAUUUGUUUUCAACCCUAUUUGGACCUCAAACUUGUGUCUUUUUUUUGUGUGCAAGUGGUGUGAAAAUUGUACUAUUGUGCGAACAGAUUAGUAAAAAAAAAAAGAGAAGAAGCAGAAGUGCCAUUCAGACUUUUCCUAAGCUUUCUAAAAUGAUGCCAAAACAUUGCUUCAAGCACUGAGGGGAAGAGCACAUCCCACAUCUUGUUCAGGCAAAACAAAUCUUUGUCCGUCAUGUGUAACAUAAAAUGUUGAUGAUCUGUAAUGGAUCUCUCACUGACACACUUUUUCUUAUUUUGUUAUCCCUUCUGGAUAUUUGCAGUGUUUUUUUGUGAUUGGUUGACAAUAUCAAAGAUGUUGAGAGGUAGUGAAUUAAAGCGGGGUUACACAUUCUACCUUAGCUUUUUUUUUCUUUCUCAUAACCAAAUAAGAAGAGCACACAUGCCUGACCUCGACUACAUCCUGGCUGGGGUCGUUUCACUCCCAUAUCAGGAGGCCAUGGGGGGAAAGAGGUAAAUCAAUGCUCCCUCAUUACCUCCUGUCACAAAAUAAAUUGUUAAUUCAUUGAACCGGGAUGGGAAACGACCCCAGCACUAAGCUGUCAAUCUCAUACGGUGCUGUACUUUAACCUCAUGUUACGCUGGUAACUGCUUCGCACAAACAUUAUUAUAAUGUAAUUGUAAACAAAUUAAUAUUUUAUCAUGCAUCUGCUGUCAAGUUUGUUUCUUUACUUACAUUUACUGUACGUUAUGUGAAGUGUUUGGUCGGUCUGUAUUGUGAUGAGCUAGCUGUACUCUGUAUGUGUCCUAUUUAAAAGUUGGUUCAAAAUGGUCCGGGCUUGUAUAUAAUAAGCUUUAUGACACAAAAAUGAGUGUUGAUAAUAUUUUAACAUUAUGCAUAUUUUGUAGAUUUGAUAUGUACAUACUGGAGUACAUUAAACACUUUUAUACUGAAACAUAA